AAAUAAAAAAAAGGAAAAAGAAAAAGGGGUUAAUAUCUGGCAGAAGAGCAAUUUGUGUGUAUGAAUCUGAAUUCUGAAAACAAUAAGCAAGUUGAUAGUUUCUCGUAUGUUGGUGGUGUUGUCUCUCUUAAGGGAUGCAAAGUUACCCAACACAUCACUCUUAAUUCUUCACUUCCCUUUUUAACUUUAUCUUCUUCUUCUUCUUCCUUUUCUUUCUCUCUGUUUUCUGGGAAUUCUCCAACUUCUUCUGCUUUCUUCAGUCCCACCUGACAUUAUUUUCUGAGUUGCUUUUAGUUUUACUGAUCAUAAAGUCUGUAGAUCUUGAGUUUAGAAAGUAUUGGGUAACCUAAUUUGGGGAGAUAUAAUGCCCUCUAAUGCUGGAAAUGUGGAAGAUCGGUUCCAAGUCGAUGGAGGAGGCAAACCUCAAAACAUGUUGUUUGGACAGCCAUGGUGGCGCGGUCUGAAUAACAAUGGUGUCUCUCCUACUUCAGCUUCGAAUGAUUCUUCUACUCGAUCGUCUAGUGGGGAGCCAGUAAAUGGUUCUUCCUUGGCUGGCCCUUUUUCAUUGCAAAUCAAUGGGAUGCAGGACACUGGAGCUAGUGUUUAUAGAGAGAUCCACACUGCAUUGGCCCCUCAAUCGGAAGCAGAGAGGGAUAACACACAAGAGACCAAACAAGUGCCAUCUUCAAUGCCACAAAAUCUUGGAGAUCAGUCGAAUCCUCAAAUGGAAUUUGUUGGCCAUUCAAUUGCUAUGACAUCAUACCCAUUCCAGGAUCCGACUUAUGCUGGAGCUAUGUCUUACGCUCAAGUACAACAGGUGAUUCCUCAACUGUAUGGAUUGCACCAGAGUAGGAUGCCUCUGCCCCUUGCAAUGGAAGAAGAACCUGUUUAUGUUAACGCAAAGCAGUAUCAUGGAAUUCUAAGGCGCAGACAGUCACGUGCUAAAGCUGAGUUGGAAAAGAAAGUUAUCAAAGCUAGGAAGCCAUACCUUCAUGAAUCUCGUCAUGUACAUGCUUUGCGAAGGGCUAGAGGUGCUGGAGGCCGUUUUCUCAAUACAAAGAAGCUUGAUGGCAACGAUGCCAAUAAUGCUGCAUCAAAAGCAAAUGCAAAUACAGCAACCAACCUUCAAAUAUGUUCCUCUGGUUCAGCACGUGCUGAACACUUGUCCACAACCUAUUGUGCAAAUGCAGGUUCUUCUUGGAACCAGCAAGAAUCGAGAGGUUUGAUGAUUUCAGACAUACACAAAGCGGAUUCACAUUCUAGUGGCAGCACUAAUGUUCACGGUCUUUCAUCAACAUACCUAUCAUUUUCUGGUGCAAAUGAAGAAAGAAACAACUAUGGUCAGGGAGGAAUGAAGGUGAAUGGGGCUGUUUCUGUCAAGUAGGAUCCACUUUACGCUUGAAGGGACGGCUGCCUCCUUAUUGUCUGGUUAUGCAAGCAGUAUUGGGCCCAUUCAAUCAUGGAGGACAGCCCAGUAACCCUUCCAAGUAUGUGGAGUCCCAGGCAACUCAUUCUUGGCUUUGGUUUAUGUGGUUUACCCGGGUCGGGAUGGAGGAGGAAAUACAGGGUAGUAGGACUAUGUUGUAAUUUGCCUGCUCCUAUUUAUCCUCCUCCUACAAUCAACUUAUCUAUUGUGUAUAAUGUACUGAGCUAAUCUUGUAGAAUUUUAAAGGAUUGACAUUUCAAAUUGUGCGUGGAUCUAUUGUUUAAACUAUGAAGGAUUCGAUGAAACAAUAAUGGAUAAUGGUGUGCCUCUCUUAUAGGUUUUCUGGA